CGGACGUCCGCGUAGUAUGUUCCUAGCUCCGUAUGAUUAUUUUUAAAAACCCAGAUUAACCAAUAUUUCUCUGUUACUAAUUCUAUCACGUUUAAUAAUGUGUAACGCGAAAUGAUUUCGGGAAGAUUUGACUUCAAUGAUAUUGGGCGUAUACUAAAUGAAAUCGAAUCGUCUGCAUCGGAACAGAGGAUUGUACAAGAACAUAAUGAUACAAGUGAGAAAUCUUCAAAGGAUUCCGGCCAAUGUUGUAUGCCUAAGUUCAACCCCAGAUAUCUGGGAAACAACGUCCAAAACAACAAGGCAAUUAAUGCUAUCAUUGAAAUCAGAGACUUGUGGAGCUAUGUAAUAUUAGACGCACACUAUGUCUACCCAAAAGUCUAUUCCCUACUAACUCUUCACAUAAGUGAUAAACUAAAACGGAAAUUACAAAAACACAGGCAAGCUUUUGCCGUAUAUGAUAAACAACAUAGAAAAUGGUUGGUCGAAACAGAUGAGCCGAAAUAUAAAUAUUGUUUCAACGGUGAAAAUUUUGUAGAAUUCAUGGAUGCAAAAAGAGAGCAAAGCGGUAACAGACUUUUGCUUUUAGGAAAAUUCACAAUUUUAAUACAAGAACCGAACCUACUGAAUAAAACGGAACUGGCUCCAAGUUUGUUUGGUUCUUUCGUAAUGCCGAAGAUAAGCUUAACUGUGGGUGUUCCCGGCUGUGGUAAAACUACGUAUAUUAUUAAGAAUCACAAAUCCGGAAGUCUGGUAUUGACGUCAUGUGCAGAGGGCGCUCAAGACAUCCGAUCACGUAUGGCCGAAAAAUCUGGCGGUAGUGCACCCGACUACAAGGAUAGCUACAGAACGAUCGACUCAUACUUGAUUAACAGCCGGGAUAUAUAUUCCACUGUGUGGGUGGACGAGGCGCUCAUGGAGCACCCCGGGAAACUGUUCCUCGUGUGUCUCUUCAGCCGCUGCCGGAACUUAUACUUAUUGGGCGACCCCAACCAGCUUGGCUACAUAAAUCGAUUUAACGAAAUAACGCUACACUAUUACAAGUCAUCGAUGUACUUCAAGCCAUCAAUAGACCUUAAUAUAUCAUAUAGAUGCCCUGUAGACGUGAUUUCCAUCAUAUCGCACAAGUACGAUAAAGGUGCAUUUUCUGCAUCAAAGGUUCUUCGCAGUUUAAGAUGCAAGACUUUUACGACACUGAAAAGCGUUCCUAAUUAUGAAUCCAAGGACGUGAAAUACCUAGUGUUCAAGCAAUCUGAGAAAAAACGUAUGAAGAAAGCUAAGUAUGAUGUGUCUACUAUUCAUGAGUUCCAGGGCAAGGAACGGAAGCAUGUUAUUCUAGUGAGGAUGUCCAGCAACUUAAAGGAGCCGCUAUAUGACUCUGUCUCUCACAUUUUGGUAGGGAUUUCGCGGCAUAGAGAGUCGUUCGUAUACUUCACACCGGUUUCAGACACUCUCAAGAAACUUAUAAAUAAGAAGAGAACGUAUAAAGAGAUUAAGGAAGCUCAAAUUAAGCUGCAAUUAAGAGAUACAGAGUGUUUCUACAGUGUACAAUAACAGUUUUUACACGGGAUAGCAGAAAACAGUUUCUGAAAGUUAAAUUGGACGAUUGUAGGGAUGU